UCCAGCCAGUCCGUCGACACGCGUCAGGCGGAGAACGCGCUUGUAUUCGAAUUUUGAAUUCGAAAAACAUCGCGAAUUAUUGACAGACAUUUGUUUAUGGUUUAUGUCGUAGAAUAUUUUUUGUGUUUUAUUUUUAUUUAUUGCAAGAAUAAAAUAAGUUUCCUUGUAAUUAAAUAAUUGAGUUAUUUCCGCGGGUGAUUCCGCGCUUCUUUUUCGAUAUUUAAACGCUCGAAGAAAGUUUUAUGCACCAAUAUAAUGUUAAAAAAGCAGCUCCUUUAUACACUCGCGGCACUGAUAUGUGCAGCGAGUGCUGUGGUUCCAAACACAGCCACGGGAAACGAAAUUAAUCAGUUGCCAAAGAAAAGACUGACAAACACCGGUGGGCCUUUAUACCCGCAAGCGACAAAAACCAGGGACUUGAGAACUCUUGAUGGGAUAUGGAACUUCAGAAAGUCGCCUUCUGACCCCGAGGUCGGGUAUCGAGGCGGCUGGUACGCACAGGAUCUCGACAAGACUGGUCCUGUAAUCCCCAUGCCAGUCCCUUCAUCAUACAACGACGUUGGCGAGGACAUAUCCCUGCGUGACCACGUAGGGGUGGUGUGGUACGACCGAAGGUUCCACGUGCCCUCGUGGUGGGGCGCCACGGGGCAGCGCGUCUGGCUGAGGUUUAGCAGCAUACACUACGCUGCUGAAGUGUUCAUAAAUGGCAAGUCAGUGAUGUACCACGAGAUUGGCCACCUGCCUUUUGAGGCGGAGGUCUCCGACCUCGUGAGCUACAACACUAGCAACCUGCUCACCGUCGUGGUUGACAACACUUUACUCAGUGAUACUGUCCCUCAGGGAACCAUCAAGGAUGUCUAUAUCGGCCCAAACAAAAUCCGUCAAGACCAAGUGUACACGUUCGACUUCUACAACUACGCCGGCAUCCAUCGCUCCGUAUUCCUCUACUCCACGCCCGCUGUGUACAUUGAUGACGUCAUCGUCAACACUGAUAUCCAGGGACUAACGGGUUUCAUUGUGUAUAACGUGACCUAUAAAGGCACAGCUGCAGACCAAGUGCGUUGUUUCGUGCAAGUGUUCGAUAAGAAUGAUACGCAAGUGACGGCUUACAACGACUGCGCUGGGUUACUGGAAAUCGGGAACGCUCACUUCUGGUGGCCAUACCUCAUGCACCCCGAACCUGGAUACUUGUACUCUUUUAAGGUGUCGUUAAUAGAUCCUCACGGCGACGUCAUCGACACGUACAGCCAGAAGAUUGGCAUCAGGACGGUCACGUGGUCCAACACCACCAUCUAUCUGAACGAGAAACCUCUCUACUUGAAAGGAUUUGGGAUGCACGAGGAUUCUGAUUUGAGAGGCAAGGGUUGGGACCCAGUGCUGUGGGUGAAGAACUUCAACCUGAUCAAGUGGUUGGGAGCGAACGCGUUCCGCACGUCGCACUACCCCUACGCCGAAGAGAUCUACCAGCUGGCAGACGAAUACGGAAUCAUGAUCAUCGACGAGUGUCCCAGUGUUGAUACAGACGUGUUCUCGGAUGCGUUACUCGCUAAACACAAGCAGUCACUGACGGAGCUCAUCCGUCGCGACAAAAACCACCCGAGCGUCAUCAUGUGGUCCAUCUCCAACGAGCCCAGGUCCUCCAACAAACUGGCCGACAAAUAUUUUGGGGAGGUUGUACGACAUGUUAAAUCUAUGGACCUAUCGAGACCAGUAACUAUCGCUAUAUCAACAGGUCAUAAUACCGAUAAAUCUGGUCGUCACUUGGACGUGAUCAGCUUCAACCGCUACAACGGCUGGUACGCGAGCCCGGGCCAGACGCAGCAGAUCACGCACAACGUGGUGGAGGAGGCCAGCGCCUGGCACCGCCUGCACAACAAGCCCGUCAUCAUGACCGAGUACGGGGCCGACACCAUCGCCGGACUGCAUCUAUAUCCUGAGUUUAUCUGGUCGGAGGAGUACCAGUGCGCGCUCCUCUCAGAGCAUUUCAAGGCGUUCGACCACCUGAGGAAGGCCGGCUUCUUCGCUGGAGAGUUCAUUUGGAACUUCGCUGACUUCAAGACUCCGCAAUCCAUAACCCGCGUGGGUGGCAACAAGAAGGGCAUCUUCACGCGCAGCCGGCAGCCCAAGGCCGCGGCGCACCACCUCCGCGCGCGCUACCACGCGCUCGCCGCCGCCGACCACGGCGCGGACCUGCCCGACACCAGGUACUACGUCAGCGACCACACGCCCGCCAAACACGAAGAACUCUAACCACAGCCCACAGACCACAGCCAUAACCAUCACCAAAUACUUUAUUUAAGUCUAGCUACACGAUAGGUGCAAUGAAAUUAUAUUUAAGUUACUCUUUUAGUUUUAAUUUUUGUCGUCGCGAUAAGAUUGUUACUAAGUACAAGCAUUGGUUAAGUAAGGUUUCGUACUAUCGUUUAAAUUUCACGCGAUUUGACAUUUACGUGAUUGUUAAUUGACCAAAGCAUGUCUUAAGUUACAUUGAUAUACCCCGACUGUAUAACUUAAUCCUGUUGUAGUAGUAAGUACAUUAACCAACGAUGAAUUUUAAUGGAUGCCACACCACAGUGGCAGCUGCCUUUAGUUUAAUGACAAAUUAAAAGUUUAGUAAACGUUGAAACUUAGUUUUAUACUCUAGUUCAAAUGCUGCGCCAUUCGAGCAAGAACCGUUUUGUUAAAUGUUGCCAAUAUUUUUUUUUUCUCUAAGCAUACUAAGCAACGCGUUAGUACUUAAUAACUUGGCGCAUUUUAAUAAGUAUGACAAAUGUAAGAUAAGAUAGCUACUGAAUGUAGACCAUUUAUAGUAUUCCUGUAUAAGCGACUUGAGACCAUAUUUAUGUAAGUAUUUUGUAUACAGUACAAUAAACUUAUGUUUAAGGCAGAGAAGAAAAUUAUUUUCGUGUUUAAAGAAGCUGAGUCUUGAAACUAUCCUUCAUGGUUGGUUUCUUCUUCAUCUCCAUUACAUUGCUCGGAUAAUAAAACCUACACCAUGCUGCGUUAAUAAAGUUUUAAAUACACGUAAAACUGCCCGAACUAGUAUAAUCUAAGACGUUGUUAAGAACUGUUGUAUUUUUAUGAUGAAAAUGUACGUACAACUAUUAGUGUUAUUUAUACCUAUUCAACAUUUUGAAUAAACAUGUAAAUAUUUAUUGUAACAUGAGAAUAAAGUACAAAAAUAA